AUGAAUUCUUUGGGAGGCCUAGUGACCACUAUCUCAAGCUUUCUCUGUGCAUUUCUUCUCUUAGCUCUGAUCAAGAUCCUUCACAAACUAUGGUGGACUCCGAUUCGCAUUCAGAAACUGAUGGCUUUGCAGGGAAUCAAAGGCCCUUCGUACAGAUCCAUCCAUGGAAACACCAAAGAGAUCUCCGAGAUGAAAAGGGAAGCCAUGAGCAGAAGGCUCACUAACUUUUCCCAUGACAUAUUUUCUCGAGUCCAACCUCAUAUUCACUCAUGGAACAAGACCUAUGGGAAGAAUUUUGUUCAAUGGUAUGGUUGUCAAGCUCAGCUGGUGAUUUCGGAGCCCGAAUUGAUCAAAGAGAUACUGAAUAAAAAGGACGCUUAUCCGAAAAGGAAGCUCUUACCAUUGAUGAAGAAGAUAUUUGGAGAAGGUCUAGCCACAACAACCGAUCCCGAAAAAUGGGAGAAAUUGCGAAAACAGGCCAACCAUGCCUUCCAUGGAGACAGCUUAAAAGGAAGUAGUUGCUUAUCACUUUUUACAAGUAUGAUUCCAACGAUGAUAGAUAGUACUGAGACGAUGCUACAGAGGUGGAAAAGCCAUGAUGGCAAAGAGAUUGAGGUGUAUGAAGAAUUUAGAUUGUUGACUUCGGAAGUGAUUUCGAAGACAGCAUUCGGCAAUAGCUAUUUUGAAGGGAAGAACAUUUUUGAUAUGUUCAACAAGUUAUGCUCCUUGUUACUCAAAACUUCUUUCAAAAUCAGAUUUCCUGGCAUCAGCAAGUUUUUCAAAACUAGCUAUGAGAUUGAAUCAGAGAAGCUUGAGAAAGGAAUACAUGACUCCAUAGUAGAGAUUGCUAAGAAAAGAGAAAAGGAGACAAUGACUGGAGGAGAAGACAACUUUGGGAAUGAUUUUCUAGGAUUGCUUUUAAAGGCUCAUCAUGGUGCCAAUGACAAGCAGCGGAUUUCAGUGAAUGAACUGGUUGAUGAGUGCAAAAUUUUUUACUUUGCUGGACACGAAACCACUAAUGCUUUGCUUGCUUGGACCAUCCUUCUGGCACUCCAUCCUGAUUGGCAAGAAGAAGCAAGAAAGGAGGUCUUACAAUCAUUUGGCAAACAAACUCCAGAUCCUGAUGGCCUUGCCAAACUAAAAACAAUGAGUAUGAUCAUCAAUGAGACUUUGAGGUUAUACGCACCAGUAAUAUCCUAUGAUAGGAGAGUUGAAAGGGAAGUUAGACUGGGAAAUCUCAUUAUUCCUGCUGGUUUCGAAUUGUACAUCUCCAGUUUAGCACUUCACCAUGAGCCUCAAUUCUGGGGAGAAGAUGUGCAUCUUUUCAAGCCAGAGCGAUUCUCUGACGGUGUUGCUAAAGCUACUAAUAAUAACAUAACCGCAUUCUUACCUUUUGGCAUUGAAGCCAAAGUUGUUCUUUCAAUCAUUCUACAGAACUAUUCCUUCACCCUUUCCCCAGGUUAUGUCCACUCACCCCAUGAGAAUCUUAUUGUUCGCCCACAAGAUGGUGUUCAAGUAAUGCUACACUCACUGUGA